AUGUUUCUCAGAACGUUCAUCCGAGCCGGUAUUGUAUUAUUAGCUGGCGCAUUCAUAACUUGCGCCGUCUCUGUUGUAGAGGAUGAUUUCGACACUUCAGAGGCAGGGCACAUCGAGAUCCAAUCCGAGGUUCACGAUGCAACUGGCAUUCGCUAUGUUAAGAACUCAGGGAUAUGCGAAACGACUCCAGGUGUCACGCAAAUUUCUGGUUACAUUGACGUUGGAACAAACAUGUCCAUGUGGUUCUGGUUCUUUGAGUCUAGAAACUCCCCUAAAACAGCCCCAUUUACCCUAUGGUUGGAUGGCGGCACUGCAUGUUCUUCUAUGAUGGGGAUGUUCCAAGAAAACGGGCCAUGCUCAGUGAAUGCCGACCAUAAUUCGACCACUCUUAAUCCCUACAGCUGGAAUAAUAUUAGCAACAUGAUCUACAUCGACCAGCCAAUCGGGACCGGAUUCUCCUAUGGUACCGAUCUGGUAUAUACCACGGAAGAGGCUGCGCCAUUUGUAUGGACUGCAUUUCAGGUUUUGUUUGAGAGCCAGCUGUUUUCGAAGUAUUCCAGCCGAGAAUUCAUCUUUUCCACAGAAGGCUUUGGUGGUCACUAUGCACCCAGUUUUGUGACCUACUUUGAAGAGAAAAAUGCCUUGAUCGCUAGCGGGGCGAUCCAUGCCGUUCCAAUCGUUGUUAGCGCUCUAAUGAUUAACAACGGCUGGAUCGAUCCGCUCAUUCAUAGCAUCUCAUACCUAACCUUUGCGACCUAUGCCCCUGGAUAUGGACAACUCCAGCCGGAUGACGUACUCAAGAACAUGUCGGAUUCCCUCUACCGCCACGAUGGUUGCAUAGCGCAAGAGAAAGCAUGUUACGCUGCUGGAAAUUCCACCAGCUCAAACAAGAUUUGCGCGGAUGCCGAUCAAUACUGCAUUGACUAUCUCUUCGCCCCUGCUGUGAACGGUUACGACACCCAUGAUUUGCGGCAAAACUCGUCUUCUUUAUUCCCCCAUGAAUACUACGUGGAUUAUUUGCGAGAGAAGGAUGUCAUGAAGAAGAUUGGUGCUCAGGUCACAUACAAGGAAUGCCCAUACCCACCCUAUGAUAAGCUUGCAAGUACAGGCGACGACGCUAGGACAUGGCUGCCCCAGCUAUCGGCAUUGGCGAACUCUGGGAUGAGGAUUUUGAUGUGGGCUGGAGAUACAGAUAUUGACUCCAACUGGCUUGGGGUCCAUGCGGUAGUCCUAGCAAUGGAUUGGUAUGGCAAUGAGACGCUCCAUAAUACCCCACUCACCAAUGUGACGAUGGAUGGCAAGCCCGUGGCGGCUGUACAGAACAUUGACAACUUCUCUUUCGCACGUGUGUAUGAAUGUGGACACGAAGUGCCUGCCUACCAGCCUGAAGUAGCUUUGGAGAUUUUCUCGCAGGUUAUUCGGAAGGAACAGCUUCACUCGGUCUAA